AUGAAGGUUCUUACCGAGAAAAAGAACGUGAGCCACGAGCGCGUGAGAUGGCACGACGCACGCGUCAUCUUCAUAAUUUCAAGCUCCCUGCUCAUGUAUGGAGCGACGUAUUCACACCUGGUGUCUUUCUUCGGGGAAUACAACAAGGACAUUGGAAACUCAGCGUUCGAGUAUGGACUCGUGCUGGCCACUUACCCGUUAGCCCAGAUGCUCAUGGGGCCUUUCGCGACGAAAGUUUCCACGUGGAACAUCAUGACAGACAAGAACCUGUUGAUCGUGUCGCUGUUCGUGGAUGCGCUUUUCUGCUCGAUGCCGGCUCUGCUGUCUCACUUCCAAGUCGGUAAUCGAACAUUCCUCUAUCUCAUGAUCGCUCUUCGAAUCAUUCAGUCGGUCGGUGGUACGACAGGAUCGGUGUUGGUGUACAUAAUCAGCGGAGUGGAAAUUCCUCAUCUGACGCACAUCAUGAUACCCAUCUUGGAGACAGUGUACGGAAUGGCCGUAGUCGUGGGUCCAGCGGCCGGUGCAGUGCUCUGCGACUUUUUCGGGUUCGGGGCGCCUUUCUUGACGCUGGGCUUUGUGGAAAUGCUUCUCGCUGUCCUCACGAUAUUCGUGCUGCCCCCCUCUUCAGCCGCGUCGGCAUCCCACGGUUCGGCGAAGUUCCGGAAAGCCGUGAAACCCAGCGUCCUGCUCAACAUACUCACAACAAUAAACACUUUCGCCGUCCUGGCUUACAACGAAGCGACUCUGACAUAUCAGCUCAAACGUUUCGAUCUCUCCAGGUCUGCGAAAGGUCUCGUUUUCUUCUUCCCGGCGGGCGUAUACGCCGUGUCCAGUUUGUUCUUCGGCUUCCAGAUCAAGCGUUUCUCCGACGCUCGUAUAAUUGUGAUUGGAGGAUCUCUGGUGAGCGUUCUCUCCCUGUUCGGACUCGGACCUCUGGUGACGCAUUGGCCCAAGCUAUGGAUUGUCCUCGUCUGUCAAGCUCUGUUCGGAUUUGGAUUGGGGCCGGCAUUCGUUUGCUCGUACCUACACUCGGUCUCCGAGAUCGACGGUGGUCAAGAGUCCAAAGAAGCUCUCGCGAUUGUCACAGGGCUCAUGGAGCCCUCAGUCGCGUUGGGUAAUCUGCUCGGUAGCUUGUUCGCCGGCUGGAUGUUGGACGCCUUUUCGUAUAAUGUCGGUGCGGCCUCGAAUAUGCUACAGAUCUUGAUAAUCACUGUGUUACAAUCCGCGCUCGUGAUCUAUUCUCGAUGUAGAGCCAGGAGGAAGGAGGCAUUCAACGACGUGAUGUGAGAGAAAAUCUCAUGGGACGUUCCGAAAUCGUAUCCGAUUAGCGAAAAAGCUGGAUAGAUUCACUCGCUUCAAUAGUCAUGGUGAUGGGCUCCCAAAUCGUAUCGUUGGGCAGCUCAUAUUUCCAACCGUUGAUCUGCUCAUUCCGUGUAUAAAUAUCUCUCUCGUCGGCGCGGCCCUCGAAAUUUGAAUCGCUGAUCCGACGUGAACAGCGGUCCCCAUCUCACUUGGGCGGUCAAAAUGAGAGCCUUUUGAUAAAAAUGCAAUUUGAGCCAUCGCGGACCCGCUCGAGACGAGUUCGAAUUCAUGGCUGAGAAUCAAAGCGUCGAAUUUCAAGGCGAGAAUGCAAUACGACAGAGCGAUAGCGGUAGGGUACGCGGAGUCGUAGCUCCCGAUGCAUUGCACCUCUUCCAAGAACGGGAAUUUUUUUUCGAUGAUGGUCACUGAAGAGGGAGCUCGCGCGCAAUCGUUACAAUUACGUGUGAUAGAUGGAGACGCCAAGGCGCGUUUCACU